GCUUGCUCGAGCUCGUCCUGAUAAAAACACAGCCAGAGGAAGGAAGCAGCGACAUCAAACCAUCUCUCAACGAGUGUUCCUUAUUUUGUAUUUUACCAAUAAGCUACCAGCACCGACAACAAGGAUAGUUUUAUACAUCGUUUAUAGCUUUUCUAUUUUUGCUCCGACACAGCCGCUACCUCCGUUUUUAUCCACUGCCAACUGGUUGACUUUGACGCAAUAUGCCUUCAGAAAAAACCUUCAAACAAAGAAGGACAUUCGAGCAGAGAGUAGAAGAUGUCAGACUGAUCCGAGAGCAGCACCCCAACAAGAUACCAGUGAUCAUUGAGAGGUAUAAAGGAGAAAAACAGCUCCCCAUCCUGGACAAGACCAAGUUCCUGGUGCCAGACCACGUCAACAUGAGUGAACUCAUCAAGAUUAUCAGGAGGCGCCUCCAGCUAAACUCCAACCAGGCUUUCUUCCUGCUGGUCAACGGCCACAGCAUGGUCUCUGUGUCGGCUGCCAUCUCCGAGGUCUAUGAACGGGAGCGGGACCAAGAUGGCUUCCUCUACAUGGUGUACGCCUCCCAGGAGACCUUUGGCGCCGCCACGACAGCCCAGUGAACAGACUUCCCUCCCUAUUCCACCUGGCAGGCGAUUGGACAGUUGUAGUUUCUAGCCCCCUCCAUGUUUCUCGCCACACACACCUUUAGUCUCGACUGUAAGAACUAAAACACAAACUGCUAAAUCUAAACACAGCGUACGAUAAAUUCCCAGGUGUCGAUCUCUAUAUUCUGAGUGCAAUGAGAGCGUAGACUGUUUGUGUCCCACCACACUCACCCAGUAGCAUAAAGCCACAGGGGUUGUCCAGAAAAGCAGAGUUUAAGUAGAGAAAUCCCCAAAAUCUGACUAUGACUCAGGCCAAUGGAGUCUUUUAGUGUGUGUCUCUGCCUCGUUAUUGUCCUCUCUGGUGAGUCAUGUCCGCUGUCAUGGCAACGUACCGCCUGUUGAUGGCAGUUAUUUUCAGUGUUGUGGUGUCUCCUCGGCUGUAUGUAUGUUAAUGUAUAUAUACAUUUCAGGUAGUGAUAAUACAUACAAGUGGUGAGGCUGCACCACUUCUCUAUAUAUACAUUAGCCAAUGAACAAAGCCAACCUUAAUUUUAAGGUUUAUUUUAGAGGCAGGCACUAUAGAGAGUUAAGGGGUUUCUGGGUUGUUUUUAAUGGUGAUUUUUUUUUAAAUUGCAGUUUAAAGGUGAAACUUGGGGAUUUGUUUUCUCGAUACUUUUGGCAGAUAAAAAUGCAAAGUGAAGUAGAGAAGAGCCUUGUUAAUGAAUGCGUCUCUGCUGUGUGUCUCAUCACAUUCCCUCAGUGGUCCUUCUUUGGUGUUUUGAUCCCUUCCCUGCCUUGUAGCCUAAAGCGUCUUCACUGUAACGAGGAUAUGUUGGGGAACUGCUUUUGCUCUUGAAAUGGAUGAUUGUAGUUUGCAAAAAAAAAAAAAGCGCCUUGGUGUACAGAUAAUAUUGACUCUACAGCUUUGAAUAUGAAAAGGGGUUCCAAUGAGAGUGUAACCAAGUUGACUUUGGACACACUACAAGGAGCACGGUCUGAUUGCAUGUGUGAAUGGAGGAUGGUGUGUCUGUAGAUGCUGAUGAGGGGAGGGGGUGGCCGUUUUCCUUUUUUAUCUCCUUUAUCACUUGUAUUUAUAAAGGUGAUGAAGGAGUGAAGGGAAGUCAGAAAAGAGGGUGAAACACAGGCAGGUUGAUGAGCAUCAUGUCUGACUGUCCAUCUGUGCUCUGCCUUUGACCUGCAGGGCUGAUUUCCCAGAGCUGUCACUAUUGUUCAGUUUCAGUUCACUGAAAUUCAACAAGCACUUUCACUGUGGGGAACACACACCUGUCCAGUGGGUUUCUAAGGGCUGCACUCAAAAAGAAGAGAAAACAUUUUGAAUAUCCUGUCUGUGCUGUGCUCCUCCUCCUCCUCCUCCUCCUCCUCCUCACCAUCUUCUUAACAGAUCGAGGUUUAGCUGCUUUUAUAUCGCAGUAUUUUAUCAUUUUGGUUCUUUUUAUUUUACGUGAUUUUUAUUUCAUUGUACGACAUGUCUUUACUCUUCGCUGUCUACAGUAUGUGAAGUACAAAGGUGACUUAUUUUCUGACUUGUGAAAGCCACUGUGUGUUUGUUACAGAGGGGUGGAGCGUUUGUUUCAGUGGUCUUCUCUGCCUGCCCCUCUGUUUCACACACACGUAUCCACACACAGCAAUAUCACACAGCCUCCUCUUAUGUAUUUAUGUUGGUAUUUUGUAAACAAUAAAAGAAGAAAAAAAAGCUCA